AAUAUAACAAAAACUCAAUAAAAUGGUGAAGUUGUCAGUAGACGAAAUACGUGGCCUGAUGGAGAAGAAGCGUAAUAUACGCAACAUCUCUGUGAUAGCCCAUGUGGAUCAUGGUAAGUCGACGUUGACUGAUUCACUGGUCUCCAAGGCAGGCAUUAUAGCGGGCGCCAGGGCAGGUGCCAUGCGCUUCACGGAUACCCGCAAGGACGAACAGGAGCGUUGCAUUACGAUCAAGUCAACUGCCAUUACCAUGUACUUUGAGGUAAAGAAUGAGGACUUGCGCUUCAUCACGCACUCGGAUCAGCGGGAAAAUGACACAAAUGGAUUCCUGAUCAAUCUGAUUGACUCACCUGGUCAUGUGGACUUCUCCUCUGAAGUAACAGCUGCACUACGUGUCACCGAUGGAGCCCUGGUCGUCGUAGACUGCGUCUCCGGCGUCUGUGUGCAGACCGAGACUGUGCUAAGGCAGGCGAUUGCUGAGCGAAUUAGACCCAUUCUCUUCCUCAAUAAAAUGGAUAGAGCUUUGCUCGAACUUCAAUUGGACUCUGAAGAGCUGUACCAAACAUUUCAGCGCACCGUGGAGAAUGUCAACAUAAUCAUAGCCACCUACAACGACAGUGGCGGACCCAUGGGCGAUAUCUCUGUUGACCCUUCAAAGGGUUCCGUCGGUUUCGGCUCAGGCCUACACGGCUGGGCGUUCACUUUGAAACAAUUUGCCGAAAUGUAUGCUGAUAAAUUCAAGAUCGAUGUGGAAAAGUUGAUGAAACGUCUGUGGGGCAGCAAUUUCUUCAAUGGCAAGACGAGAAAAUGGCAAAAGCAUCCCGAUUCGGAUAGCAAACGAUCAUUUUGCCUUUACAUUCUCGAUCCCAUUUACAAGGUAUUCGAUGCCAUAAUGAACUACAAAACAGAGGAAAUCGCGCGACUGUUGGAGAAGAUCGGGGUUAAACUGCAACCAGAGGAGCAGGCGGAACAGGGCAAGGUACUCCUUAAGACGGUGAUGCGCAAUUGGCUGCCUGCGGGCGAAACUCUUCUACAGAUGAUCGCCAUCCAUCUCCCAUCACCAGUUUUAGCCCAAAAGUACCGCAUGGAACUGUUGUACGAGGGUCCUCAGAGUGAUGAGGCGGCGAUUGCCAUAAGAAACUGCGAUUCGGAAGGUCCCCUAAUGAUGUACAUCUCGAAAAUGGUGCCCACCUCGGACAUAGGACGUUUCUAUGCGUUUGGCAGAGUGUUUGCCGGCAAGGUGGCCACCGGACAAAAGUGCCGCAUCAUGGGGCCCAACUAUGAGCCCGGCAAGAAAGAAGAUCUGUACGAAAAGUCAAUUCAACGUACGGUCUUGAUGAUGGGGCGUACCGUGGAGGCCAUUGAGGAUGUGCCAGCGGGCAACAUUUGUGGUCUGGUUGGCGUGGAUCAAUUCCUUAUAAAAACAGGCACAAUCACAACCUUCAAAGAGGCACACAACAUGAAGGUCAUGAAGUUCUCCGUAUCGCCCGUUGUGCGUGUGGCCGUGGAGCCAAAGAACCCAGCUGAUUUGCCCAAGCUAGUGAUUGGUCUGAAGCGUCUUGCCAAAUCUGAUCCCAUGGUGCAGUGCAUAAUUGAAGAGUCCGGCGAGCAUAUCAUUGCAGGCGCUGGUGAACUGCAUUUGGAGAUAUGUAUUAAGGAUCUAGAGGAGGAUCAUGCCUGUAUUCCACUCAAAACGUCAGAUCCUUUGGUCUCCUACCGCGAAACUGUCCUCGAGCAGUCUAAUCAGAUGUGCCUGUCCAAGUCGCGCAACAAGCAUAAUCGCCUGACCAUGAAAGCCGAUCCAAUGCCCGAUGGCUUGGCCGAGGAUAUUGACAAUGGCGUUGUCUCUGCCCGAGAGGAGUUCAAGAAGCGAGCACGUUUCCUCAGCGAGAAAUACGGCUAUGAUGUGAGUGAAGCACGUAAAAUCUGGAGCUUCGGUCCCGAUUGCACUGGCGCCAACAUCAUUGUGGACUGCACCAAAUCGGUACAGUAUCUGAACGAGAUCAAGGACUCGGUUAUUGCAGGCUUCCAGUGGGCCUCCAAAGAAGGCGUACUAGCCGAAGAGAACAUGCGGGGUGUACGCUUUGAUAUACACGAUGUGGUUGUUCAUGCUGAUGCAGUGCAUCGUAGCGGUAGCCAGAUCAUUCCAACAACAAGACGCUGCCUAUACGCCUCAGCUAUUACAGCGAGUCCACGUCUGCUAGAGCCAGUGUACCUCUGCGAGAUCCAAAGCCACAAUUUAGCCGUGGGGGGCAUACACAAAGUGCUCAGCCGACGUCGUGGUCAUGUCUUUGAGGAGUCUCCAGUCCCGGGAACACCCAUGUAUAUGGUUAAAUGCUAUUUGCCAGUUAACGAAUCCUUCGGUUUCACUGCCGAACUGCGCACCAACACACGGGGCCAGGCCUUUCCUCAAUGUGUGUUCGACCAUUGGCAGCUACUGCCGGGAGAUCCAUCCGAGCCCAACAGCAAGCCCUACCAAAUUGUUCAGGCGACGCGUGCACGUAAGGCUCUCAAGCCAGGAGUACCCGACCUUUCGCAAUAUUUGGACAAGUUGUAAUUUAAUCUCACUACAGUUUUAAUCAUAAACAAAAAACCAU